AUGGCUCCCGACAAGUUCGCUUGGAUACACUCCGUUAUCCAGGCAAGGGGCCUACGGGGGCGGUGGGAGGCGUGUCGAGGAUAUGAUGGUGGAUAG